AUGGCCCCAGUCCUGUUUGAGAAGGAGCCGAAGCCCGGGGACCUGAUAGAGAUUUUCCGGGGGCCGUAUGAGCACUGGGCUGUCUACAUCGGAGGAAAUGAAGUUGUUCACAUGAUACCACCUAGCGAGGACUCGGGGUUCCUCAGCAGCCUGGUGUCGGUGUUGGAGAGCGACAUGGCGGAGGUGAAGCGGGAGAAGGUCUGGGACGUGGUCGGCCCCCACAGUUUCCGUGUCAACAACCUGCUGGAUGACGAGUGCCACCCCCGGCAGCCCGGCGUGAUCGUGCGGGACGCCUGCAGGACGGUGGGCCAGGUCCUCCCGUACAACGUCGCCACACACAACUGCGAGCACUUUGUGACGGAGCUGCGAUACGGCAAGCCGGAGUCUCGCCAGGUGCGUUCGGCGGCGGAGGCGGUGCUGGUGGGGACGGCAGCUGCAGCGGCUCUGGGCGUUCUGGUCGCCACCUUGUUCAGAGACAACAGCAGAAGAAGAAGAUACGACGAGUGACGGCGACGAGACGAGACGGGAGGGAAAAGGCUUCGCUUGCACACGCCAUCUUGUCUGAGUCAGCUCACAUCA